AUUUUAGUGAGAGAAGAGAGAAUUUUCAAUCUUGAAAAUUAUAAAAGUGGGAAUUAAUUUUAAAUCAUUGUUUUAAUAAUCUCCUCUAGAAAUAUAAGAAUCCCUAAACCAAAAUGUUAAAAAUCUACAUAACAAUAAAAGCAAAACUUACUUUUAAUUUCGAUAUCAUUACCAUACCUAAAGAUCUUAUUUAUUUAUCCUAAUAAUCUCAAUGUGUUUGUUUAUAUUUUUUUCUAGUUAUGGUUUGAGCAUUGAUUUGGAAAACAUAAUACUCAUUUUUUCAUUUAUAAAAUGAGUAAUAUAUAAAAUUUAGCUUAUGAAAUCUUUUAGAUUUAGGAAAAUAUGUAUAAUCUAAAAUGUAAUUUUUUGACUUGUGUGAUCAAGAUGUGAUUUUUAAAUAUGUUCUGAUCUUAGUUACAGUUAAGAUUAAGCUACUUGUCAGAUUUUUAUGAGAUGGGAUCAAUUUUACAAAAUCCUAACCCCAAGUAUAUAGGCUAAGACCUCAAAAUAUUAAAAUGCAAACGAUAAUAGUACAAGCAUAGUGCAAAGAGGUUAAAAGGUAGAGAAUGUCGACCAGUGAGCUCGCCUGCACUUAUGCGGCUCUCAUCCUCCACGGUGAUGGAAUCGAGAUCACCGUUAAACAUAUCAAACUGGUGAAAAAAGCCAACGUGAAUGUUGAGUCAUACUGGCCUAGCCUCUUUGCUAAGCUUUGCGAGAAGAAGAACAUCGACGAUCUCAUCAUGAAUGUAGGAGCAGGUGGUUGUGGUUGUGGUUCUCUUGGUCCAGAUACCGCUUCUGCUCCUGCCGUUUCUCAAUCAGCCUCUCUCCCCCAAGAGAAGAAGAAUGAGAAGGAGGAGAUCAAAGAAGAGAGUGAAGAUUACAUGAGAGCAUCUCCAACCCCACUCUAUUUUUUUCUCUAA